GCUGGUGAAGACCCCUGAGAUGUAAGUGGACCCUGCCCCGGCGCAGGGAAGAGGCACUUCGGACCACAAGAAAGAAAGAGGCCUGGUGGAGACCGGAGCCCUUCUGAGACUGUUAGAGGGAGAGUCGGGGCCAUGACGGUCAGAGGAAGAAGAGCAACGCAGUGUGUUUAAAGGUCGGAGCCGAAAGGCCCUUUUCUGAGGACGCCAUGAAGCAGAAGUACACUCUGGGGAGGGAUCCUGUUGAAGACGCCCAGAGAACUCCGGGCGUUGGAGCACCCCGAGCUAAGCCUAAGCCCUGCCGCCGCUCCGCGGAGGCCUCCUGCAGGCUCCGUUCCGGAGCACCGGUUGCUGGGCCCGAUGAGUUGGCGGGGGCUGGAGGAUCCUCAGCUGAUUGGCUGCGACACCCGAGCGGAAGUGAUGCUGCUGUCACUGGCUCCCGGGCUCCCGGGAAGCCGCGAGUUUCCGCAGGGAGGCGGCGGCGGCAGCUGCGGCCGGGCUGGGCCCACAUGUCUUCAGCCUGUGCUCAGAGUCAACAGUACUCACAGCGAAGGUGGCACUUUUUCUCCAUUUGCAUAAAAUGAGGAUGAAGCGGUUAGCCAAAUCAGGAGCUCAACCUCACAGAGAGCCCAGCCUGCUGCUCUGAUGCCGAAGGGGAGACAGAAAGUGCCACACUUGGAUGCCCCCCUGGGCCUGCCCACCUGCCUCUGGCUGGAAUUAGCCGGGCUCUUUUUAUUGGUUCCCUGGGUCAUGGGCCUGGCAGGGACAGGUGGGCCUGAUGCCCAGGGCACAGGGGGGCUAAGCUGGGCUGUGCAUCUAGACAGUCUGGAAGGUGAGAAAGAGGAAGAAAGUCUGGAGCAGCAGGCACAUACUGUGGCCCAGGCUGCAGGACUGGUGAAUGCUGGACGCAUUGGAGAGCUCCAGGGGCACUACCUCUUUGUCCAGCCAGCUGGGCACAGGCAGGCUAUGGAGGUGGAGGUCAUCCGGCAACAGGCAGAGGCUGUAUUGACCAGGCACAAAGCUGUGCGCUGGCACUCAGAGCAGAGACUGCUGAAGCGGGCCAAGCGCAGCGUCCACUUCAAUGACCCAAAGUACCCACAGCAGUGGCACCUGAAUAACCGCCGGAGCCCUGGCAGGGAUAUCAACGUGACAGGUGUGUGGGAGCGCAAUGUAACUGGGCGAGGGGUGACAGUGGUGGUAGUGGACGACGGAGUGGAGCAUACCAUCCAGGACAUUGCACCCAACUAUAGCCCCGAGGGUAGCUAUGAUCUCAACUCUAAUGACCCUGACCCCAUGCCCCACCCGGAUGUGGAAAAUGGCAACCACCACGGCACACGGUGUGCAGGAGAGAUUGCUGCUGUGCCCAACAACAGCUUCUGCGCGGUGGGCGUAGCCUAUGGGAGCCGCAUAGCAGGUAUCCGGGUACUGGACGGACCACUCACAGACAGCAUGGAGGCUGUGGCGUUCAACAAGCACUAUCAGAUCAAUGACAUCUACAGCUGCAGCUGGGGCCCAGAUGAUGAUGGGAAGACAGUUGAUGGCCCCCACCAGCUUGGAAAGGCUGCCUUGCAACACGGGGUGAUGGCUGGUCGCCAGGGCUUUGGGAGCAUCUUUGUGGUAGCCAGUGGCAAUGGAGGCCAGCAUAACGACAACUGCAACUAUGAUGGCUAUGCCAACUCCAUCUACACAGUCACCAUAGGUGCUGUGGAUGAGGAGGGCCGGAUGCCUUUCUAUGCCGAGGAAUGUGCCUCAAUGCUGGCAGUCACCUUCAGUGGUGGGGACAAGAUGCUCCGGAGCAUUGUAACCACUGACUGGGAUCUUCAGAAGGGCACUGGUUGCACAGAGGGCCACACAGGGACCUCAGCUGCAGCACCUCUGGCAGCUGGCAUGAUAGCCCUCAUGCUGCAGGUGCGGCCCUGCCUCACUUGGCGUGAUGUCCAGCACAUCAUUGUCUUCACAGCCACCCAGUACGAGGACCGCCGUGCAGAUUGGCUCACCAAUGAGGCAGGCUUCAGCCACAGCCACCAGCAUGGCUUCGGACUGCUCAACGCGUGGAGACUCGUCAAUGCAGCCAAGAUCUGGACAUCUGUCCCUUACUUAGCUUCCUAUGUCAGUCCCAUGCUGAAAGAGAACAAGGCUAUUCCGAGGUUACCCAGCUCCCUGGAGGUCCUGUGGAAUGUCAGCAGGAUGGACCUGGAGAUGUCAGGACUGAAGACCCUGGAGCAUGUGGCAGUGACAGUCUCCAUCACUCACCCACGACGCGGCAGCUUGGAACUGAAACUGUUUUGCCCCAGUGGCAUGAUGUCCCUUAUCGGCGCCCCCCGCAGCAUGGACUCGGAUCCCAAUGGCUUCAACGAUUGGACGUUCUCCACUGUGCGGUGCUGGGGAGAAAGGGCAAAAGGCAUCUACAGACUUGUUAUCAGGGAUGUAGGAGAUGAGCCGCUCCAGGUGGGCAUCCUCCAGCACUGGCAGCUGACCCUGUAUGGCUCCGUGUGGAGUCCAGUAGACAUCAGGGACAGACAGAGGCUGUUAGAAAGUGCCAUGAGUGGAAAAUAUCUACACGAUGGCUUUGCUCUGCCCUGCCCACCUGGGCUGAAAAUUCCUGAGGAAGAUGGUUACACCAUUACCCCUAACACCCUCAAGACCCUGGUGCUGGUGGGCUGUUUCACCAUCUUCUGGACCAUAUACUACAUGCUGGAAGUAUAUUUGAGCCAGAGGAAUGUGGCUUCCACUCCAGGCUGUAGGAGUGGACCCUGCCACUGGCCCCAACAGAGCCGAAAAUCCAAGGAAGAGGGGACAGAGCUAGAAUCAGUGCCACUUUGCAACAGCAAGGAUCUAGAUGGAGCAGAGACAGACAGAGGGGGCUCUCCUACCACCUCUGGCCUCCUCACCUCAGACCUGCUCGAUGAAGGGAACUGGAGCCUGUUCCAGAACAAAAAUGCCCUGGACUGCCCUCAGCAGCACCAACCCUCAGGCCUCUUACAGGGAAAGGAGGAGCAGAUUUGCUGACUUUGGGGCCUGACCGACGCAAUGUGGGACAGAUUCUUCCUUCCCAACUUUGGGGCGCUCUGGAGAGAAAGCAGUCCUAAUGCUUACAUCUGGAACCCGAGGCCUAAACAGCAUUUUCUGCUGCUCUCAGGAAGGGUGAGGGCCUUCCUAAGUACAAGUGGCAGAGGACUGAUGCUAGAGAACAUUCUGGCUAGAGACACAGGAUGGGUCUCCCACUGACUGGGAGGGUUUGGUGAGAAGGUCCUAAACAAGGGAUUGGUGCCUGCACAGGGCAGUCCUCCCUCCACCCCCAUUCUCCUGGGCAAGACAGUG